UUAAAAAUGUUUUUCAGAAAGGCUUGUCAACUCCAAAUACAACUAGUUAGAAAAUGCAGUGGCCUAUCGUCAUCAGUCAGAAUUAACGACUUGCUAAAUGAGUCAGAGCAAAAGCAGGACGUUAUAAUACAAGGAUGGGUCCGACACGUUCAACGGUAUGGUAAAAUUCUUUUUCUAAAACUCAACGAUGGUAAUUGUCCACAUCAACUCCAAGCAGUUGUGCCCAGAACAAUUUGUCAUACUAUCCAUGUUGGUAGCGCUCUUCGUUUGCGUGGGCAAUGGGUUCCAAGUAUAGGAACACAACAGCAAAUGGAAUUUUUGGCUGAACAUUGCAUAUUUAUAAAUGAGCCAAGUGAACUUGUUGUAGAUUCAAAAGAAAAGGAUGCUCUUCGCUUAAUUCCUCAUCUAAGACCUAAAAAAUUAGAAUUUGCAUCAAUUUUAAGAAUGCGCUCUCAUCUCAACUUUUUAAUACAUAAAUUUUUUAAUGACAGGCAUUUUACUCAUAUUGAUACGCCAUUAUUUUCACAAAAUGACUGUGAAGGUGCUGGUGAGGCUUUUUCGGCUACCUGUUCAGAGGAAAAUUUUUUUAGCGAUACAAAGCCUUUUCUACCUGUUUCUGCACAGUUACACUUAGAAGCAAUGAGCAGUUCUCUUGGAAAUGUCUAUACAUUGUCGCCUGUAUUCCGCGCCAAUCCAAGUGAAACUCGUCAACAUUUGGCAGAGUUUAAAAUGUUGGAAGUUGAAUGUGCUUUUACUGACUCUCUCGAACAGAUUUGUAAUAUUGUGGAGGAAUUUAUACGUUUUUUAGUUUCAAAAACUGAGACAAUUCUUCAACUUGAAGAGUUUGAAAAGUCCUCGCCCUUUUGUCAACAAAGUUCUAAUGAUGAAAAAAAAUCAGCUUCAUCUCAGUUGAGUAAAAAGGACGAAUUUGAUCUUGUUGAUAUAUUUGGUGGUCCUUUAUUUGUAACUCAUUUUCCUUCAGAACAAAAACCAUUUUAUAUGCGACGCACAGAUGAUGGGAAGUUUACAGAAUCUUUCGAUUUGAUAGCCCCUUUUGUUGGUGAAUUAGCUGGUGGUAGUGUACGUGAAUGGGAUGAAGAACUAUUGACAGCAAGACUCCCAAAAGAAAAUAAAGAAAAACUUGAAUGGUACAUAGAAUUACGACGUUAUGGUUAUCCACGAAGUGGAGGUUUUGGAAUUGGUGUUGAUAGACUAAUGCAAUCACUUUUUGGUAUUAAGAAUAUAAAAGACACUAUACCUUUCCCUCGUUGGUCAAAGCAAACAAUCAAAUGUUGA